GGAGGGCCGGCCCUCCGAGUCGGAGGCCCACAGCGUCGCACCGGGAAUGACGGAUGCUUUAGGAAAGGCCCCGCCCCCUCUCUCGCCACACCCACGCCGCCUCCUGACGUCACCACGCCCCUCCCUUCGACCGGAAGGAAGGCAGGAAGGGCCACAAGGAAAUGGCGGCUUUGGCUUGGGCUCCGGGGGGCCUCCUCCUCCUCCUCCUCCCGGCCCUCGCCCUCUGCGUGGCGGCGGCGGCAGAGAACGAGACCAGCGAAGGCCUCCCCUCGGAGCCUGCGCCAGGGACCCUUCCUCCCUCGCCCUCCGUCUCUCCCUCGGACGCAGCAGAGGGUGGCCCUCCUCCUUCUUCCCCGAAAGCAGGCCUCCCUUUUGCCUCUGGGCCGAGCAGUGCGGCAGCGGCUCCUGAGCCUCCCUCCGCGGCGCCUGAGACGCCCAGCGCCAAUCCGGAGACGGAUAUUGAUGUCUCUGACGACACCGAUGUUGACAGAGAUGACGUUACGGACAAAUACUUAAUGGCUAGUUCCCCGCCGGCGCCAAAGGAAACAAUAGAGGUGGAUGAGUAUGAUGAGUUUGGGGUUCCCGAUGACGACCCUCAGGACAAUGACCCUCAGGAUGACCUUCAAGACGACCCUCAGGGUGACCAAGGGGCCUCAAGGGCCGCAGGCGAUCUGGAGGAUGUGCGCAGCUUCCAAAGCAAGGAGCCCUUUGCCGACGAGACGAAGGACGCGGCCUCAGUCUCAGGGCUGGAGGAGGACAGCCAUUUCUUUUUUCACCUCGUCGUUGUGGCCUUCUUAGUUGCCGUGGCUUACAUCACGUAUCACAACAAGCGGAAGAUCGUCUUGUUGGUUCAGAGCAGAAGAUGGCGAGAUGGGCUUUGCUCCAGAACGGUUGGCUAUCAUCGCUUAGAUCAAAAUGUCAACGAGGCAAUGCCUUCAUUAAAAAUGACUGAUGACUAUGUUUUUUAAGCACUGCGUGAUCCCAGUUUGCCUGACUGUUAAUUUUCUUUGCCUUGUUUUUGGAACAUUGUCUGGGCGUUUGCCACAAGCAGUGAGCGCACAGCGGUUGUUGCUCUUGCCGCCUUCCCAUUCUCUGAGCCACAGGCCCUUCAGGGCCUCCAUCUGGGCCAGUAUUUGGCAGCCUGGGCUGGUGGGAUGCCUCCUUUCUGAGCCUCCCUGGUGAGCCAUGGUCCUUUCACGCCAACCCCAGCCCUGCCAUUUUCAUUCCCUCCCUUGCCGCCUUGUCUUCUGCCUGGAGCAGUUGCCAAUGCUGGCGUAGGGCACCCCCAAAGGAUAAUCAGUGCUCAAGGGCCGAGUGAAGCUGGUGCCAGUGUGGUGACUCCCCUUUGAGACCGUGCCUCUGGCCUGCUUUCCCCAGACAAACCCACUGGGACGAAGCUGGGCUCCUUCUGGCCAAUGCAGAACAGUCAUGCUAAUCUCAGAUGCUCAGUCUUUGCACAGACAGGCAUCUCCAGAAAUGUUUUCUUCCCAACUUGGGAAUCUUCCCGUUUUCCUGCACAUUUCACAAAUAUACCAGUGAUUCUGGGUGAGAUUUUCUGGGAUGUUUUGUUUGCCUACGAAAUAAUAUCUUUUAAAAACCCCAAAUUGUGGUAAACUUUUUCAGGCCGGAAGCAAAGGUGCAAAACAAACAAACAGAAUCUGCACUUGCUUUGCCAUUUUUACUUGGGGCUGUCGAAGUAUUAUAUAUAUGUUACAAAUGUUGAAUGCGUUCAGACUUUGGGAAUGGAUCUAAUAGUGUCUUACGUUUCACCAAAGCAGAUGGUGUCGGGAUGGGGCCUCUCCCCUGCUCCAAAAAAGCUUGCUUCGGAGGGAGCUGGGGGAGCCUGAGGGGCUCCAUUGGGGUCUGGCCAAGGCAGUUCGCCACCAGAAUGGAAUGACCCAGAUGCCCGCCUUGGAGCCUGUAAAUAAUGAACCCAAUGGAUUGCUUUAUAAUCAAGUAUUGCAGUAUACUUGUCCCUCCCUAUUCGCUAGGGUUAGGGGCACAAGACCCCCAUGAAUAUGGAAGCAUUGCAAAUAACAAAAACACCAUGUGUUUACCUAAGAAGACACCUCUCUAGGGAACCUCUGUGUCUUCCAGGGCAACUCUGUGGUCAACAUCCGACAGACACUGACCACAGAACUGCAACAGAGGAGCUACAAAGGCCUAGGAAUUUCUAGGCCUCUCAGUAAAACGUUUAGUUAAGGUUGACCAUAGAGUUGCACUGGAGGACCUAGAUAUUCCUAGAGAGAACGUGUUGAUCAAAGCCAUGAAUAAUCCGAUCUGCAAAUAGGGAGGGAUGAGCGUAUUCCGAAAGCGCCCGGCCUCCUGGCAUUGGAAGAGCUGCAGUGGCCAAGAUGUUUCCUUCGAAGGUGCGUCCGCUCAGCCUUAUGACUUCCUACAAGUCAUAUUCUCCCAAGUAAGAAAGUGGAGAAUAGACAGAACCUUCUUUGCAUUAAUUUUUUAAUCAUAUUUCAACUUGUAUUACUUUAAUAAGAUUUUUCAAAUAAACUGUACUGUUGUAAUUGUA